AUGACGGACAAGUCUCAAUUCCAAGAGGGCCACAGCGUCCCGGUGACGGAUCAGAGCUUCCCAGGAAAGGAGGGAAAGCUGCCCAUCACCCCUCAGUUUGAUCGCAUUCCAGACGGCCAUGGCGGCUCAAAGCUUUACCAAGCUGCUGGAAAGCUCAAGGACAAGAAGGCCAUCAUCACAGGUGGCGACUCGGGUAUCGGUAGAGCAUCCGCCAUUCUGUUCGCUAUGGAGGGUGCCGACUCACUCAUCGCCUACCUGAAGGAGGAGGAGGAGGAUGCACAGGAGACCAAGAAGCGCGUCGAGGCCUACGGCCGAAAGUGCUACCUGGUUCCCACUGACCUCACCGACCGUGCAAACUGCCAAAAGGUCGUCGACGCGGCAAUCGAAAAGAUGGGCGGCAUCGACAUUUUGUUCAACAACGCCGCAUACCAGAUGAUGAAGGAGAACAUCAAGGACCUCUCCGAGGACCAAUGGGUGCAUACGUUCAACGUCAACAUCCAUUCCUUCUUCUACCUCUCCAAGUACGCCCUGCCUCACAUGAAGAAGGGUUCGACCAUCAUCAACAACGCGAGCAUCAACGCCUACGUCGGCCGUCCAGACCUGCUUGACUACACUUCGACGAAAGGUGCCAUCAUCUCAUUCACACGAGGCCUGAGCAACCAGUUUGUCGACAAGGGCAUUCGUGUCAAUGCCAUCGCUCCAGGACCCGUCUGGACGCCGCUCAUCCCUGCCACGAUGAACGAGGAGGCACAGAAGCAAUUCACCGCCCCAAUGGGCCGUCCAGCGCAGCCCUCUGAGAUUGCGACCUGCGUGGUGUUCCUCGCAUCGACUGACAGCUCAUGCAUCAGCGGCCAGACAAUUCACUGCAAUGGUGGAACCAUCGUCAACGGUUAA